CCCGGUAAUGGCGGCGGCGCUUGAGGGGGAGGCCGGGCGAGAGGCGGCCCCUGAGGGAGGCGGCUCCUAAGGGAGGCGGCCCCGGCGGGCAGGCCGCGGUCUGGGGGUUGGUUUCCCUCCGGUGCAGCCCGUUAGGGCUUUUGGUCACCAUGGCUGCAGUGGAUUGUUUCUACCUCCUGUACAGAGAGAUCAGUCGUUCUUGCAGCUCUUAUGUAGAGGCCCUGGCUUUAAUUGGAGCUUGGUACACAGUCAGGAAGUGCAUGACUCUUGCCUUCAACACCUACAGCAUCCUCAGGCUUCACGUUGUUCCAAAGCUGAUUGGUGAGAUUGAUCUUGUCAAGCGGUAUGGAAGAUGGGCAGUGGUCACUGGUAGCACCGAUGGUAUCGGGAAGGCGUAUGCUGAAGAACUGGCAAAGCGUGGUGUCAACAUCAUCUUAAUCAGCCGAAGCAAGGAGAAGCUGCAGGCUGUAUCUCGAAGCAUAUCUGAAACAUACAAAGUGGAAACAGAUUUCAUAGUAGCUGACUUCAGUAAGGGGCGUGAGGCUUACCAAGCCAUUAAGGAGGGCCUGAAAGACAGAGAAAUUGGGAUCUUGGUGAAUAAUGUAGGACUGUUUUACACCUACCCAGACUAUUUCACUAACCUGUCUGAGGAUAUGCUGUGGGACAUGAUCAACAUAAAUAUCGCUUCUGCUAACAUGAUGGUGCACAUUGUGCUGCCAGGCAUGGUAGAGAAGAAGAGAGGUGCAAUCGUGAACGUCUCGUCUGCAUCCUGCUGUCAGCCCACACCAAUGUUAACAAUCUACGGAGCCUCUAAAACCUACUUGGACUAUUUCAGUAGAGCGCUAUAUUACGAAUAUGCCUCAAAAGGAAUUUUUGUUCAGAGUUUAACCCCGUUUGUCAUCGCUACAAAAAUGGUAUCGUGCAGUAGCGUUACAUCAAAGAGAUCUUUCUUUUUUCCUUCUGCUGAAGAAUAUGCAAGUCAAGCUAUUUCUACCCUUGGGUUAUCCAAAAGGACUCCUGGUUACUGGAAGCAUUCAAUAAAGUUCGCAGUGGGUGAGCGUAUACCAGAAUGGAUCUGGGCUUGGUUUGCACAGUACUUCUUAAGAAUAAUACGCAAGGAAGCUUUAACGUGCAAACUGAAAUAGGACUAUCUAGAUGUCCAGCAUAGAUGAGUACUAUAUUCUGAUCAGAGUGCUGCAAAAAUCUUACUUGAACCAUGUAUUUACUGUAAUAUAUCAAUACCUUGUUAAACAAGUAGCGUGUAACCUAGACAUCAGAAGUCUGGAUCCUCCCUGCACCUUGGUGUUAAAUAGCUCCUCCUCUGCAUUCCUCCAGGACAAAGGGCUGGUCUUGUGGUGGUUAAGCUCAGAUCACUUUGUCUUUAAGGUAAUUGUAUAGGAGUGGGUAUAACUGUCAUUCUGCCAGUAAAUAACUGCCUUUUGUAUAGUGCUACAUAACAUCAACUGUUAAUGGUGAAAGGAUUUGAGAAUUCUCCAGCUGUGGCAGAAAUGGGCCCAAACAAAUGAUGCCAUCUAAAAAGAUGAUCUUUUUAGUUCAUCAGAAGAUGAGCAGUCACUGAAUUAAGUCUCAUUAAUACACAGUUUUGUGGAACUUUUUUUUAAUUGGCAGAUAUUUGUGUGUUUUAAGUGCAAAUGUUGUUGGUUUUGAAUGAUGUUAUUUGAGGUACUUCUCAAAAUUGAAAUGUAUGGAAAGGUCACAGUGAGUUGUUUAAAUGACUAAGAAGGUCAUACAGAGCUGUAAAUGAAUUGGAAAAUAAGCUUGGUUUUCUUUCCUAUUUUAAGCAUGAAUGAUCUGGGUUCCAUCAAGUGUUCCUUCAGCAAGCUGAAGUGUGGCUGGAGAAUAAAGAAUGUAAAACCAUAUUAGCUAAAGCAAAAUAAUGAGGAAAUAAAUGCUUUGAUUUAAAAACAGUGGUUGGUUUCCUAUGAUAAUAAAAAACACUUGUUUUGAUGCUGUA